CUGUUGCCAGGGGAACGGGCCCUGUGCCUGGCGAGGCCCAGCCCGCCUCGGCCUGGCCCGGCCGCUCAGCCAUCCUGUCUGACCUGGAGCGGGAGUACUCUUCCGCCCCGCCGCCGUCCGGGAUGGGGUUCCGCUCCGGGCCAUGCCGCCUCCGGGUCCCGGGGAGCCUCUUUGCCGCCACGGUCUGAAGCGCGACUGCCCCCGGGAGGGUGGACAGCCAGGCGCGGGCCCGAACCGCUGGCGGACCUUGGUAGGGCCGGCCUGGCACGGCCGCCACCGCGCGCAGGCUCAUGGUGAUCCUCCUGCCUCAGCCUCCCAAGUACAGGGAUUACUCAUGUACACCACCACACCUGGCCUGGGUGGUUUCUUAUUGAAGACAGGAUGCUUUCAAGUCAGCAAACACUUACUGAGCAUCUUUUAAGUACAAGAUGAACAUCUGCAACAAGCCCUCCAACAAGACAGCCCCUGAGAAGAGCGUGUGGACAGCGCCUGUGCAGGCCAGCGGACCCUCCCUGGAGCUGCAGGGCCAGCGGUCCCGCCGGAAUGGGUGGAGCUGGCCCCCUCAUCCACUUCAGAUUGUGGCCUGGCUGCUGUACCUCUUCUUCGCAGUGAUCGGCUUUGGGGUCCUUGUUCCCCUUCUGCCUCACCACUGGGUGCCAGCUGGAUAUGCUUGCAUGGGCACCAUCUUUGUUGGCCACCUUGUGGUACACCUGACUGCAGUCUCCAUUGAUCCAGCAGAUGCCAAUGUUCGGGACAAGAGCUAUUCAGGGCCUCUGCCCAUAUUCAACCGCAACCAGCAUGCACAUGUCAUUGAAGACCUGCACUGCAACCUGUGCGACGUGGAUGUGAGCGCUCGCUCCAAGCACUGCAGCGCCUGCAACAAGUGCGUGUGCGGCUUUGACCACCACUGCAAAUGGCUCAAUAACUGCGUGGGCGAGAGAAACUACCGCUGGAGCUCCUGGGCGCUGACAGCUGCCCAUGGUUGGGCCAGACUCUUUCUACACAGUGUGGCAUCUGCUCUACUGGGUGUCCUGCUCCUGGUGCUGGUGGCCACUUAUGUCUUUGUAGAGUUCUUUGUCAACCCUAUGCGGCUGCGUACCAACCAGCACUUUGAAGUCCUCAAGAAUCACACAGAUGUGUGGUUUGUGUUCUUGCCCGCUGCCCCUGUGGAGACCCAGGCUCCUGCCAUCCUGGCUUUGGCUGCUCUGCUCAUCCUUCUGGGCCUGCUCUCCACAGCCCUGCUCGGCCACCUGCUGUGCUUCCACAUUUAUCUCAUGUGGCACAAACUCACCACCUAUGAAUACAUCGUGCAGCACCGCCCACCACAGGAGGCAAAGGGGGCCCAGAGGGAGCUCGAGUCAUGUCCCACCAAGAUGCGGCCCAUUCAGGAGAUGGAGUUCUACAUGAGGACCUUCAGCCAUGUGCGCCCAGAGCCCCCUGGCCAGGGCAGGCCAGCAACAGUAAAUGCUAACCCCUCCCGAUUUCUUGCCACUCAAGAUCAAGUGGAACCUUCACGGCCCUCCUCCCCCAACACUCUAGCCCUGCCACCUGCCAUCCGACCCCAGAAAAAAAGGAAGCGAUGUAGGUAUAAGGUGCCGAAGUCUGGGAUCUUGGAUCAGGAGUCCCCACUACCCAAGUUGCGGGGACCCCGGGUCCCUGACCAGCGCUCAAGCUCAUCCACCGAUAGCUCCAGUGCCAGCCCGGUGCACGCAGCUGGCCCAGCAGAUGCCUACCACUCUGCAUCAGCUGAGUCCAUGGACGAGAUUCCAGUGGCGCAGACGCGCCUAGGCAGUGCCGCCCUGGCUGCCCCUGGGGGGCGAGCUGGAGAGCUCGGCCUGGCGCUGCAAGCGCGUGCGCCCUCAGUGUUCGUGAGCCCCAGCAGCGGCGAACCUGGGUCACUGGGUGGCAGUAAGGGCGGCCGGCCUUAAAUGUGCUGAGAGGCAGGAGGGUCCAGGAGGUGGAGCAGCCGGCCGCACUCUAUGCAACAAUCCACCCUCGCCGCACCUAGUGCACUUUAGGGGCCCCAUGGCCGGCGGGAUCGACCUCCCUCGUCCACAACUUGGCAAUAUCCACCUCACCGGCCCUAAUGCUCCAAUAAACUUUUUUUAUGCUUUUGCGGA